AUGAAGCAGACUCCAGCUGAUCAAUGCAAGUGCAAAAUACACGAGAAUCUCUUUUUGAAGCUGAAAUCUCUGAAAUUACCUUAUGCAACCUUCUGGGAAGAUGUUCUAUGCGAUACCACAUUGAAUUCUCUUUGUUGGCAAGGGGAAUGCCAGGAAUGCGAAAAUGGCAAGCUGAUUAAGAUGUCAAUUGAUCCAGGAACGAUGAUUCAGUUGCGGCAAUGGGUCACAUGUAUUAAGGAAGUCGAAAAAAGAAACGGAACCGAUUCAGACACAACAAAUGAUGUGGAUGACAAUGCAGCACCUUUGGCAUCACAUAACAAGACCUAUAAAAAGUUGGAGUGUCAGUUGAAAGAAGAAUGCGCAGGAGAAGUGCUACAACAACUCGUCAACGAGUGGAACAUCAUCCUAACUCACAUCAACACAAAGCACAUCCAAGCGCAAGAGUUCGAAAAGGAUAAAAAGAGUGAAAACGCCAGAGUCCUCCAAAUUGACUUUGCCAUGAACUAUUCAUGCGAGUACCAGACUGAAAUACAGUCAGCUUUAUGGAGCAGAGCCAGCGUUACAUUAUUUACUGCAGCAGCAAUAACCAAAGAUUCGUGCCAAAGUUUUCUUAUUUGUUCUGACACCAAAGAUAAAGAUAAAGAUACUGUUGCUGCAUUCCUCUUUGUCUUGUACGAAAACCAUCCUUUCCCAAGCAACCAAGUUGAUGAAGAGAUCAUAUGGAGUGAUGGCCCUACCUCAGAAUUCAAAAAUAAAUUCGUAAUGAAGCUCCUUCACCAAUUGUCUUCACAGUUCCAGAAAAGGUUUUCAUGGAAGUUCUCCGCUACGUCUCAUGGAAAAGGAGUCGUUGAUGGGAUUGGUGGUCGGGCAAAAUCGUUGGUUCGACAGAAGGUUAUGAGUCAAUCUUCAGAGCCCACAAUUGUGCAGUCUCCAAAAGAUUUUUCUCAAACUGCAAGAAUCUUGAUGCCAAAAACAACUGUGUUAUACAUCCCUGAGAGUGAGAUUCAACGCGAGAAAGAAGCGAGAAAGUUGUGGAAAGAAAAUCUCCCGGCAAUACCUGGCAUCACGAAAAUGCAUGUGGCAACUCAUGAUCCUAAGGCAUCAAGUCUCCAGUUACGUAAGAAUGCAUUGAGUGCUGAAACCAUUGAUAUAAGCUACCAAUUGCAAGUGGAUGACGUACCUGCAAGUGAUGAAGAAGAGGUAAACAUCACUGUUGGUGAUUGGGUUUUGGUGACGUAUGACGGUGACGGGCAGUCCUAUCCUGGAGAAGUGACUUACACAGACCCGAAACAGCUACGAGUAAACGUCAUGCAGAAAUCAGGAAGCCAUUACAAGUGGCCUCGCACUAAAGAUAAUAUCUUUUACCGAUACGAAAAUGUCGUCCAGAAACUUUCAGCCCCUGUCGUUGCUGGAAAUCGAGGACAAUUUACCUUUGAAGAAUUGACGCUAACUCAUCUUGAGUAA